AUGCAGCGUCCCGCCUACCACCUGACCUCAUCCAGCGACUCUGGCAUGCUCAAGUACAAUGCCGCCCCAGCACAGCCGCCUGACACACGGGGUCGACCGCUGCGCGCCAUCUUUUGGGUCUUGUUCAAAGGCCUCGCAGUCCUUAUCGCGCUCCUCGCUCCGCUUUGUGUGCUGUUUUGGUACAUCUUCAAAGCUCACCAGGCGAUCCGCGUUGGUCUCUACAUCUACACCACCGCGCCCGUACACGAGCUCUUGACGAUCAGUCAAGUCACCAGCAAGAUAGCUGAAAAGGUUGUUGCUCCAGCAAUGGCGGUCUUUGGAUACUUGUGCGCCGCAAGCUGGCUGCGACGUAGCGAACUCAACGGUACAUAUUCCAACAGCACUCUUCCGACACCCCUGCAACUCGGCAUCGUUCAGACCGCUCUCGGUUCUGCCAACUUUUUCGCCCUCUCCGACGGCAUCAAGUACCUGCUCGGUAAAAGCGGCCACGCCAGACGUCCAAAGAUGCCUGCUUUUGUCUCUGCCGCCGUCAUUUUGCUCUGCUGGCUCUUGACUCUCGAAGUGUUGGCUUUCUUUGCCGACUUUGCAUUCCAUCAAACGACUGUCAACUCCAAGGUCUGGCUGCCUCCCACACCCGCUCAAAUGCAAGCCGAAACGCGCGCAAAAAGCCUCAUCGCAACGCCGCCACUCGAUUGGACAGUGGAUCCUCUGUCGGUCACAGCCAUGCUUCUGGGUCGACGGGUCAACGAAACAUACUGUGCCUCGUGGAACGCUUACUUCAAUGACUUUUCGAGCUCUGAAGCAAAGAACAGCUGCGGCUACUACAACGGUGCUGCAUCGGGCAACCUUGUCAUUUGGGCACCAAAAGGGCAAAAAGCAUUUGCCAACUCAUCCACCACCCAUGCUGUUGCCUGGACCGACGACACGCACUCCAUCAUGGUAGCCCCGAACCAGCCCGCCUUUUCAUACUCUGCAACUGCGCCAGGCAUCAAGGCUACAUGCAAUGGACCGCACCAGUACAAUGGAACGGCAGAAGCAACAGGUUGGCUGGACGCUGCCGGCAACGUUCAGAUCGACAGCAACGUACCUUUCACCAACCCUCUGCACUGGGGUACCACGAUCAUUUCUCAAGCUUACGUUGACUACGAAGGCGGACACGGAAGUGGCACGUAUGACCCAACUACAGGAUUCGUCGUCUGGGGCCACUCGGGAGCAACGAAUGUGCUGCACUGCGACGUCGCCGUGAGACUUGUCACGUAUCGAUUUGAUCCGCCCAGCACAUUCAAGACAAUUGGUACGCAGGACGUGAACGCUGCAGCAGCGCACAGAUUCGUUUGGAGCGCAACGGACCUCUUUGCCACGCCUGGCUCGGACCUGAUAGGGUCGAUCAUCGAUGGUGCAGGUCAGCUAGCUUCUGAUCCCUACCCGGAAGUUUACAGUCGAACGCUCUCUCGCUGGUUGAUGGCAUACUCUGCCGAGAUGAUGAGCAGCACGCCACUGGACACGCUGGAAGGUCAUGGAGUACCUGGCACGCGAGUUCACCUCGUGGUCUUGACUGUCUUUGCGGCCAUCGUUCUCAUCGAGUGCAUCACCAUCUCUUUGGUCGCGCUCGCUGCGGCUGCUCACACUUGGCGCUGUAACGACUUGACCGUCAGAGCAGUACGCAAGCGCCUCACUGGACCUUUUGCCCUGUUGUGCCAGACAUAUGGCACUCCUCGACGCCUGCAGCCUGAAUUGGGCGGAUCGCAAAAGCAGGCAUGCCUCACGGAAGACAACUUGCAAUUGUUCGAGUGCGAGAGCACGAGCGGCGCGCACGGUCUGCGCCUUCGCAAGGCAAUGCACAUGCCACCCGCCGGCUCUCCCCUCGCUGAUGCAGUCAUUGGGCGCCUCGGCCAAGGUGUAAGGCGUCCGACCAGCACUUUGCUGCCGCUCCCAUGCUUCCUCUGCAUUCUGGGUGACCAGUCGAGACAUAGACGACUUGAGUACGGAGUCACGGAAAGCUCACUCAAGGCGUUGUCGGAGAAUCCGGGAGCUGCGCAGGAAGGGAAUGCUUGGUAG